AUGGAUCCGAGGAGCGAUGACGUCGUGUCGUCCAUGAGAUGCAAGAGUGCGGCAAAUCUGUGUUCCGGCGAAGAAAUCGAAGAAGAAGCAAAUACCACUUCUAGCUGCUCGAACCAAAGUUUGGGCUGGGCUUUGUUGAAUGAUCUGAAUUCGACCUUAGGAAGUCGAUUUUUGCAAUUGUCUUUUUCCGGUUCGAUGGGAUUAUGUCCAGAGGCAGCAGCGAUUGACAAGGCGAUUACAGUAUUGUCACAUUGCAUUGCGAGUUUGUUGUGUGAUUUUUUGAAAUCCGAUAUUUUUUCUUCAGAGAGAGAUGUAUUUGACGACAGCCAUUCGAGGUACGCAUCAUCGAAAGUGCUUACCAUAGAGAGGAUUGCGGACGAAAGAGCUUUGGCUGCUUCCGGCGGGCAGGAUUCAACGAGCUUGUUUUCGGCGGACUGUACGAGAGAGUUGAGGCGUUCCGUCAAGUUGCUGUAUUUUUCGAGGAGGAUUCGUUCGUCAUUUUUCUUCGGCGCCAUCUUUCAAGAAUUAGAAUUGCCGAGGAGAGUUCGUAAAUCAGAAGAUUUUCCACGGUUAACAGGAUGCGCGUGGAGAGGAAAGUCCAACCUGGUCGACGAAGGAUUAAGAGGAGACCAGGUUUCGGCGGGGUCACCAAUAAAGGGGUUGCGAAACCCUUUGGUGACGAAGAAUCCACGAAAUAAAUAA